UGCGAUAAAGUCAUUUCGUCGCAUACAUUUUUAAGGUCUAGCUGUCGCAAAGCGCCUAUAAAUAACUUUUUCUCAUUUUUCCCUGCGUCAUCCCGCGUCUAUUGCUAGUACCUUCGCGUCUGUCGGUUGCCUUGCGAUCCGCGUACGGUAGAGUACGUGAAACAAGAUGGACCGUCACGGAAGGCCUGAUGAGGAGAUGUUCCUCAGCAAGCCCGCCGAGGAUUGCGACAGCCCUACCGUUGAGCCUCUGAGAAUAUUCAAGCCUCAGAGCCCUAAGCCUGCCUCGGAUAGAGCUUCGGAAAGAUUCAAGUAUCCCGCCCCGGCAUCUUCCAAGCCGAGUUUUCCGCUGCCGCCGGGCGCUUCUAGCUCUGCUGCGCCUCUACCAUACCCUGAUGACGACGACCAUCGGAUAGCUCAGCCGGUUGCCCACUCGAGUCGACCUCCCUACCCAGCCGACCAGCGUCGGCCGUCCGGUAACAAGCUUUACAUAAGUCCCGCGAGCUCUACACACUCAGAUACCUUCAACGACACAACCCCGCGAUUAGAUAAAAGCCCUGUCGAGAAGAAGGGGCCUGGUCUUGCAGAACGACGAGGAGCCGGUCCUAAGCCUCUACCAGGAGCGCUUAGUCCUGCCAGUCCACCUGGAGACGACGGUGGCCUAUUUGCGAAGCCGCUUGCCAACCAACCCAAGCCGGCGGCUGCUUCUUCUAGUACAUCUUUUCCCGAUUAUCAUCAGAAGCCCUACUAUCCGCCACCUAGAGCGAGUUCAGCGGCUUCGGGCUCAAGCUCGAACAACAAUGCGCGACCUCAGGUGAAUGAAGAUAGCUACCUCAAGAUGCCUGCGGAUAAUGGAGUGAAUCGCUUCGCCUCCACAGCUUCCACUUCAACUACAAGAGCAAGCCGAGGAUCCCCUCCUCCGCCAGAGACGCCUAUCGUCGAGCCGGGCACUAUUCCGGGCGGUGGUAUUGAGGCACGAUAUGCGGCCGCUGGUAUAUCCGGGACCGCAACACUUAACAGUCUCCAAAGCCCAGCGGCAUCCCAACGACUGGCGCAAUAUGGUCAGCACCCGGCUACGCAGCAGGUGCCUCGCCCGUGGACGCCGACGGAAACUCCUGACCAACAGCCGCAUGGACCUCCCACGGUUUACCAGGGAGCGAACCCUGUCGCAAGUCCUACCGCAUCGACGUUUAGUGCUCAGGCAGCGCGACCGUCAAAUAUUAACGCAGCUGCUAACAAUAAUAAUAAUUCCAAUGGUAAUGGCAAUGGCGGACCCGCCCUUCAGAUCAGCGUGUUAGAACAAGACUUCCAGCGAAUGCAGAUGUCGCCUAGCCCUCCGCCUGCAUAUUCCAGUAUCAACCCUAAUGGAAGCUCCUCGGCAUAUCCUAACGAGAAGCAACGGCCGACCCAACCGAGUUCAAGCUCUACGCCGGCACCGGCCCAAGCAGCUCAGGCGUCAGCCGCAGCAUCUCCCCCGAAGAAACAGACCGAGAUAGCAGCUGGGCUUGCGUCUCCAGCUUUGCAACAUCCCGGACAUCCUGCGUUUGCCAACGAUCCGAGGCCCGAACCUCAACAAAACGGUCAGCAAGUGCAACCGCAAGUAGUUACUCACACCCCUUCUCCAUUCCAAGGUCAAGGUCCUACUUCGCCACCACCGCUGCCUGAGGGUUGGAUUGCGCACCUGGAUCAGAAUUCCGGCCAGUACUAUUAUAUCCAUCUAGCCACGCAGGCUACGCAAUGGGAAUUCCCUAAGGGGCCAAACCCUAUUCACCAUGAAGCCGCACCUCUAUCUCCCACGGCAUCAACCUAUGGCAACCCUCUCGGGUCGCCGAUGUUUGGCAAGCAGAGCGCGAUGGCCUCACCUAUGUUCCCGCCGCAGACUCCCGGCUACGCUGAGAGUAUUAUGAGCGUCGCGACGGCUACGCCGACCGCUGCUGGGUUUACGGGACCUCCUGGUGUUGGUGUAGAUAUGUACAAGGUUCAGCCGACGAAUGGUGUCUACUUCGGACCCUAUUUGAGAUACACGAACAUGGAUGUUGAGAAAGGAAUGUGGCUAGGAAGUAUCCUCAUAGUCACAGAUGCUCCUCAGCCGCCCACGAUCCACAUUCAUCUCAGUACUGAUUUAUCACCAAAUCCCCGCCAGCUAACAGCUCGUUCUAUUUACACACAUCAAAGGUGGCAAUUCUUUAAAUAUGAUGUCGACUUACAAAUGGGCGAAACUGGUACGGAAAGGUGGACUUACGCCGUCACUUCGCACCUCGGUUGCACCAGAUAUGAAUUCGUGGUCGCGGGUCGAAGUGAGACUAACUGGCGCUUCAUCGCGCAUUCCGGAAACGACUUCGCUGCCAGCACGAAUCAGAACGAACGCAGCAAACUUGGCGGGCUCGGAUUUAUGUGGAAAGAUGUGCUGCAAAAGAAUGUCGACUGCGGUGGUUUCCACGUCCAGCUCGGCUUGGGCGACCAGAUCUACGGAGACCGGCUGUGGAAAGAAGUGCCACUCCUCAAACAGUGGCUGGCUAUGCCGGGUAAGGAGAACAGGAAAAAUGCUUCGUGGACGGCGCGUCAUGAGGAGGACGUGUCGCACGCUUAUUUCCAUUUCUACACGAGCCAUUUCGACCAGCCGUUCCUUCGUGAAGCGUUUGCGCAGAUUCCUCACGUCUGCCAGAUCGAUGACCAUGACAUCUUUGAUGGCUACGGCUCCUAUCCCGAUUACAUGCAAAACUCGCAGAUGUUCAAGAAUAUCGGCCGGAUAGCCGUAGACAUGUACCUGCUUUUCCAGCACCAUACCACGCUGGAGGUCCUUCGAAACGUCAGCCAUGAUCUAGAUCUGUUCACCGUCACAGGCCAAGGCUGGCACUUCAUCAAAUAUCUCGGUCCCGCCGUGGUCGUGGUCGGUGUCGAUCUCCGGUCGGAGCGAACGCAAAACCGCGUGCUCGCAGGCCCGACAUACCAGGGCUUAUUCCCUAAGGUUGCGAUGCUACCGCCUAGCGUCCAGCACUGCCUCUGGAUGCUAUCGGUGCCCAUUGUCUACCCGCGACUAGACACUGUGGAAAGCCUGGCCAAUACAUUCGCGACGGGUAAGAAGGCGGUCAACAUGUCGUACAACGUGUUAGGCAAGGUCACAAGCUCGGUGGCGGGCAUCGUCGGCGGCAAGGAAAUGGUCGCACAAGGCUUCAACCAAGUCAAGAAGGCCGUCGGAAAAUCGGGCCUCAUGGGCAACGUGGUCAACCAGUUCGGCGACCUGGACAUCAGCGAGAUCUUGAAGGAUAUGUGGACGCACGACAGCAAGGACCUCGAGCGGACGUACCUGAUUCGCACGCUGCAGGGCAUCUCACACCAGAAGGGCUUGCGCAUGACGUUCUUAUCCGGAGACGUCAACGCCGCAGGCGCAGGCCUCGUGCACGACCCCGCGCACCCUUCCGACCACAAGACAAUGUACCAAAUCAUCACCUCGCCGAUCGUCGCCGCGCCCGCCGCGCCGUACAUCCUCAAGAUGCUGCACAACAACCGCGCGCACUACAUCCCGGCCAACGGGCAGCGGUCGGCGGCGAACGAGGUCAGCGACACCAAGGAGGACAUGAUGGAGAUCUUCCACACCGACGCCUCGGGCGCCCCGCGCGAGCUCAAGAAGCUCAUGGGCCGCCGCAACUACGUCGCCGUCCUCGCCUUCGACCCCGACGCCGUGCCCGCCACGCCGUACGGGCCUAAUGCCGCCCACCUCCAGCAGCAUGCGAAUGGUGGGUUGAAUCGUUUGAGUCUUGCGGUGGAUUUCGUGGUUCAGGGGGACGGCGCGUUUACGGCGCCGACGAAGUAUGGUCCGGUUAUUGUGCCGCAUCUUGAGUUUGGGCGGUGAUGACAGGAAACUACGGGUGGGAGAGGCCUAUUUUGGUAGGGUGGAGUAGAGUAGAGUAGGGUGUCUUCCGUCCUACGAAAGGGGGGGUUAUUGGACGAGUCGCGAGGGUGAGAAAGGAGAAGGGGAAACGCAUGAUGAAUGACAUUUAUAGCCGUCCGGGGCGAAGCAAGCCUGGAAUUUGGUCUAGGGCUUUGCGCUUGACUUCUUGGAUGCGGGAUACCUUAUAUUAUACAGUAUGUCUAGGUAGGAGGUAGUCAUGCUUGAAUGAUAAAGUCAAAGUUACGAAAGAUAUUUCUUAAUUUCUCCCCGAGGUGCAUGUCUACCGCGACUUCAUAUCUCGCAUAUUAUGUAACAGGCAAUAAACGGAGUGGUACCCAGUGUUAUUCUUGUGACUUUUUGUAUUUUUAAGGGGAUUUUCGAGGUGAAGUUUUACGCAGCUAGAUAUAAAAAGACGUUUCUAAACCCAUUAUGCGGCUAAAGCGCCCUCUACCUUUAUAGGCCUUUUCUUUUUCG